CAAUCUAUUGAAUGUAUGUCAUACAUGUAUUUGUACUUUCUAUAGCAUAUUAUUUAUAUCUAUAUAUACACCUGAAUCUACCUACAUCUAGAUAAAUAAACACCUGAAUCUAAAUAUAAAUACACCUGAAUCUUAAUAUACAUGUAUGAACCAAUUUUACACAGUUUAGAUUUAAACAGUAGUCCAUUUAAAAUUACAUCAAUAAAUGGCGGACCAAGCUAACGUUUACCGUUAGUCGCUGAUGUCACUACCGGAAACUGGUGAUGAAAGGUCUGCCAGGCGAGGCUACCAUAGCCAUUUAGCAUGUUACUUGAUAAUCAAGAAUAUGUGGUCAAUCAAACGAUCGCCAAUUCUCAUAGACGGUGCAGACACAAUUGAUGCCUAUUUUUAGUCCAAACUUCCAACAGUGACAGUUCCGUUUAGAACAAAGUAAUUUGACUGAAAUUUUUAACAUUUUCUUUUUUUAUCAUCUAUUUUUGAAUCAUUAUAGCAAGAAUAGUCAACUCUUUAUAAAACUCUUAACUAAUGUAUCAUAUAUUUCCUUGUAUGACAUUUAAAAGUAGAGGUAUACUAUUCAUAAUAACAUAACUAUAUGGAUUUACUACUUCUUGCUUUAUUACAUAUACAACGUUUCAGUACUCUUACAGGUAUCUUUAUCAAGCCAUGAUAAACUGAGAAAUAGUAAAUCCAUAAAGUUGUGUUAUUAUGAAAUAGGUUAUUUUGUUAAUAGAACCCCGGUCUAAUAUUUGUGCAAUUAGUAGGCUAGCUACAUAAAGUAGAUUUUUAUGUCGUAUCCAAUGCCUACCAUGAGGUACGGCCAUUCCAUACUCUUUCUAAUGUAUGACCAUAUAUGGUUCGUCUAGUGAUAGUAAAAGCUCCCUGGUGUUUUGAUUGGUGGAAUUGAAAUAUGCAGGAUAUUGAAUAAUCUGACUAAAUUUAAAUGAUCUAUAAUUUAUAUUCGUAUAUAAGAGGGGUAGGAUGACCGAAUGGUUAGCGCGUGCGCGUUGAGUCAUAAGGUCUGUCAUAGAGUCAACUGGCGUGGUUUCGAUUUCCGGUUGUACGUGACAAGGAGUAGUGUCGCCUGUUCAACCUCGUGGGUUUUCUCCGGGUCACCCGGUUUCCUCUCAAUGCUAAAGACGCCUACGCGCAAGCGAAUUAUUGAAAUAAAAGUGAACCAUAUGUUAGUCCCGAAAUAACAUAGUUUGUGUAUAUUUAUAAUGUAUUCUAUAUUGACGAAUGAUUUUCACCUUUUUCAAAUUAAUCUGUCGACCUUUGAUACGGUGGGUAAUUAAGUUGACUUUUACGCCAUUUGCAACUUCUAUUAACAGGGUUUUAAUACCUAUUUAUCCGUUUUGGUGUAGCUACUAAUUUUACCACCAUUUGUAUCUACUUUCGAAAGAUCCAAAUAUCAUAACCGAGAGAAUUCCGCGUUUACAAUGAUUUGCAACGUGUACUCUGAUUGGUGCUUUUAAUAAAAACCACGCCCUGUUUUAAGAUGUGACAUUUGUUCCUUCGUUCAUGAGACAUAACGUCCGCUUCCACCCUGGGUGAUGUCGCAGACAUGGGAAGUUGCAUUAUUAUGACUGGCCUUUAUAUUGUAAAGAUGACUGGUAUAGUCUUAUGAUUUGUGUUCAGUUGAUUUAUUUAAUUUUGGUGCUGGUUAAGUUCGUUCGUGUUAGUUUUUUUUUAAAGAGAUUUCCUUCAUAGAUUUGAAAUAGUACUUGUUUAUAGUAAGGCCAAGAAAAAAAAGUAUCUGUGUUUACGGUAACUAAUCGGCCCCAAAAAUAGGUCGGGAAAUCUUUUUAUUUAUUAUUCGUAUUUUUUUUUUUACUUGAGUUUUGUAUUAUCUCUUUUGUAGCAGUUUUUAACAAAUUACUCUAUCUGAUUAAAACACGGAUCCUAUUUCGUUUCGUUUUUUUAGUUCAAAAUUUCGUUUUACUUGUCUUUACUACACUAGGAUCUGGAAGAGUUCUUAUCAUCGACGUGUUCUGGAUGAUGUGAAGGUUUAGUCAAUCAAACGGUCUGUUUCAGCGAGCAUUUGGCGUGUGCACGGAACUGUAGAUAAUCCACUAGAGACAUCAAUGCUGAUUGGUUGAUCAAAUAUCUGACGUCAUAGGGUCAAAAGCCGCCCGGGUGACCUCUGACGCGACCUAUCACUACAACCGGUCAGAUCUUCAUGUAGUGUAGGUCAUCGAAAGUAUAAAAAAACGAAACGAAAUAUAGAUCUGUAUUUUAAUCAGAUUGCAAAACUUGGUAAAAGUUUUGAAAAAUCUCACCAAGACCUAGUUAAAUGGGAGAAAAUUGUUUAUGGUCGGCAAAUUUGGUUUUAAAAAAUAAGGUCGGUCGGGUAAACGUAAGCACAGAUUUUUUAUUUUAUUUUGGUCUAACCAUUUAGUGCAUCUAUAUUUAUGAUGUAUGGUAUACAUGUAUAGCAUGUAUAAGCUUUAAAUAUACUUAAUUUAUAUAAAUUAUAUUAAACUCAUAAUCUUUGUUAACAGAUUAAUCUAUCUAAUUGUUAUAUAAUAAAACUAAUUGUUAAAAAAAUAAACCUGUCUUAUGAUAAGGCAUUUCAAAGCCAAAGUACUGAGAUUUAAUAAAGAAAUGGAAUGGGGUUUAACGUCCUACUGCUCUGUUCCGACUGGGCUAAUGAAGACGGGCAUACGAGCCACACAGUGUACUAUGAUGUGAAAUUUUGCUCGGACAGCAGUACUAAGGCCUACUCCUAUAUCGAAUUCCAACUGUCAAGGGAUCUAUUGCGUACACGCCAAUUUGUACUCUGGACCUCGGUUUAUCGUCCCAUCCGAACGACUAGACAGCUCUUCUUGUCAUACUCUCCGUUUUGCAUCUAUGACAAGGCCGAGCCACGCCGGCCAAUGCAGGAAUCGAACACCCGACCUCCGGGCUAGUGAGCCAGCGUAUUACCCACCUAGCCACCAUGACCCCCCAUUUAACAAAGGAAUGGGCGUUACCCUUAAGCAGAACACUUGAGUCCAGGACAUCUCACAUAAUUACCGCUUCUAUUUGCCAAUCUCAGUUUAAAAUAUGAUUAAAACAAAGAGAAAAUAAUUCUUUCCGGUUUAUUUUCCAUUAUAGUGACAAUUCAAUGCCUAAAAAGCGCGAAACGAAUGUUAUACCCGUAUUUUAACCAGACUGUCAUAUUGCCGACCGUCUAAAUUAGCUCAGUCGGAGUAGAACAGUAGGACGUUAAGCCUCAUUUAAUUUUCAGUUUGCCUGUAGCUGUUGAUUGCAAUUAAGAGGAUAAAGUGGUCUGAUUCCAUAAUAGGACCCAACAAUUUAAGAGUUAUGCCCCUUUAUACAGUGAAGAGAUCGAACUUUGCUCCUUGCACAUUGCCCCUUGCACAUUGCCCCUUGCAUUAUAACUGGAAGUAAAUGAACAGCGACCUGGAGAAAUCUAUGCACGUGUACUAGUUAUGAAAACCGCAUUGGUAAUAGGCGCAUCUCGUGGAAUUGGCCGCCAGAUUGCCCUGACUUUGGCUAAAAAUGGCUACAACAUAUGCGUGGCAGCAAAAACAACAGAAGAUUCGGAUAAACUUCCAGGAAGCAUCCAUACUGUGACGAAGGAAAUCCAAGAAUCGGGUGGCAAUGCGAUCCCUGUUCAGUGUAAUGCCAGAAGUGAAAAUGAGAUAAGGCAAACGGUGAAAACUUGUAUUAAUCAUUUUGGUGGGUUAGAUGUCGCCGUGUACAAUGCAGGCGCCAUUUUGUGGAAUAAGAUCAUGGAAACGCCCUUUAAAAGGUUUGAACUCCUGCUAGACGUAAACUUACGAGGUGCUUACGUCAUGUUGGAGGAAGUUCUAGCAUAUUUCACGAAAAAGAAUUCUGGGAAGGUUAUUAUGGUGUCGCCUCCUAUUUAUAGCAGAUUUUUUAAAGGAAAAACUCCCUACUCAGUUAGUAAAAUGGGAGUUAGUAUUCUUGUUCAAGGAUUGGGCAUUGAACUUAAAGACACGGGUGUAGCUGUGACGUCUUUAUGGCCUGCUACGGCGAUCAGGUCACAUGUCACCGACGUCAUGGGACUAGACAAGAAAAUAAUGCGAACACCAGAUAUAUUUGCUGAUGCCUGUUUGAAUAUUGCACAAGAAGAAUCAAACCGAUUAAAUGGACAGUGUCUGAUCGAUGAAGAUUAUCUCAGAUCAGUAGGUAUUACAGACUUCGCCCAGUAUAGAUGUGACCCAGAGCACGAACCACCCAGAAUGAUGCCACGUAAAUUUCCCUCACUUAAAGUUGCGGAAGAAGAAGAGGUCACCGCUAAACUAUAAAACUAUAAGACAUAUCGAACUAAAUGUGAUUUAAAGUUUCCUAUAAAUUUUUGUAUCUAUAUAAAUAUAUUUUCUCAUUA